UAACUAGGGUUUAGUCAUUCACAGAAAAAAACACACUAGGGUUUAGUCUCGACGUGGCAGAUCAGGACGUCCAAUAAAUAACGCCCCUCUCCUUCCCCGGAGAAAAUCCCGCGAGGAAGAGAUCAAGCCCGCCGCCUUCAGCCGAAGAUCGAACACACGCCCGAAGAAGAUCCACCCUCUGCUUCGUCUCGUCGGUAUGGCAACAUCCCCACCCCCUUCAAUUCAAUUUGCUACGAUUUGCCGCCUGUAUUCUUGUCCUGCUCUUGUCUUCUCUUUUCUGUCGCUCCCGUGUGUUGUGUUACCCGUUUCGCUCGGUAAAGAUCGCCGCCGGAGGCCGGACUCGCCUCGACCUGCCCGCAGUGAAGAUCUUCCCGGACGCGAUCGGUUCCUUCACUCUCCUUGGGUCACAUCACGAUGAGUAACGCCGCCAUGCCGGACAGCAAGCGUACGAAGGCGGCCGUCAUCGUGCCCGGUGUCAGGUCCACGGUUGCGGAGGACAGCAUGACGGAGGUGCUGCUGCGGCUCCCCGUCAAGUCCGUGGCCAGGUGCCGCGCCGUCUGCCGCUCCUGGGCCGCGCUGCUCUCCUCGGACGAGUUCUGCGCCCUCUACCGUGCGAUCGCCAGGGCGGCGUCGCCGGCGCCCAAGCUGCUGCACUUCUCCCCCACCGCGGGGUUCGACGCCACGGCGGCUUACGCGCGCCCGCUUUCGACGACGAGCCCUACGGACGAGCGGCUGUUCACCCUCGACUACGCCCGCGGCAACCGCGUGGAGGUGCUCACGCCCGCGCCGUGCCACGGCCUCACCCUCCUGUACAACGCCAUCGCGAGGGCCUACUACGUCUGCAACGCGGCCACGCGGGCCGUCACGCGCCUGCCGCCGUCGGACGAGGCGGCGCCGGCGCACUGGCGCAGCUGCAGCACCGGGCUGGGGUUCGACGCCCGGACGCGGGAGCACAAGGUGGUGCGGCUGGUCAGAAGGGCGUACCCUCCCCGCGGGCCGCAGCAGGACACGAUCAGGUGCGAGGUGUACACACCUGGAGCAGGCGGUGGUAACCGCUGCUGGAGGCCGCCUGCCUCCGGAGGGGUGCCCUUCGGGCUGCGCAGGGCCGCGGCCUCCGCCGUUGCGAACGCGAACGAGCAGAGGCUGACGCCCGUGUUCGCCGGGGGGUUCCUGCACUGGUUGAUCGAGCCUCACAACGUCUUCACAAGGCCGAGGUGCGCCAUCGUGCUCUUCUCCGUCGCCGACGAGACCUUCGGAUGCGUCCGGGAGCCUUACUUCCCGCCACCAGAUGUUCGGCCGGAUCACCACCUCCCGUUUCCCGGGGGUAUAGUCGGCAUGCCCCGUCCCGAGGCGCCGGCGGGGCACCUGACGGCGAUGGACGGCCAGCUGUGCCUGGUCCGGGACCUCCGCGGCGACCCUUACAACAGCGCUCUCGAGAUCUGGCGGCUGCUGGACUACACCUCCGGCGAGUGGUCCCUCGACCAUUGGAUCGACCUAUCAUCGCAUCCCGCGAGGAGAGAGCUACGCGAUCCGCAGACCGUGAGAGUCAUCGGCUCCGUCGGCAAUGGCGGCGGGCCAGGGGAGAAGAAGAAGAUGGUCAUCACCACCUGCAUGCACAAGGUGCUCGAGAAGUUCGAGAAGAAGGUGCUCACCUACGACCUCGGCUCCCAAGCUCUGGAGACCAUCCUUUCAGUCAUGGAGACGAACACGUCGUGCAACGGAUAUGACAAGCCACCUCUUUCGAGGUUCAGCCUAUACGAAGAGGGCAUGAUUGCACCGGUGCACAAGACGGAGGAGGAGAUGGCGCUGUCGUCUGCUCCGGCGAAGGCGGCGAGAGAGAUCCUGCUCCGCCUCCCGGCGAAAUCGGUGGUGCAGUACAAGGUGGUCUGCAAGCAGUGGCUCGGGCUGAUCGAGAGCGAGAGCUUCUUCCAGGCGUACUCUGAAUACAGGAACAUGGGCAAAAGGCCGAAGCUCAUGCUCGUCGGCAAGGGCGCCGGCGGGCAGUCGGCCUUCAGCUUCGCCCCCUUCGAUCCAUGGCUCGGAGCCGGAGAAGCUCCGGCGGCUUCUGGCCAUGGCGGCGCGUUGCUCGACGAGAAGGUGGUCUGCUCCAAGCCCUGCCACGGGAUGAACCUGGUGAGCACGGCGACGCGCGACUACCUCUACAACCCGGCCACCGGCUUCCACAAAUCCUACCCCAAUACCAGAAUCCCGAGGAUGUACGAGGAGGUCGCCGGCAGGAGCGUCGGCCUGACCUUCGACCCGCUGUCGCGCCAGCACGCGCUGGUGGAGAUCGUGUACCGCACCAGGGACUUCAGCUCCCGCCAUUACUUCGCGGUGAGCGCGAUGCGGCGGUGCGGCGACUACGGGCACCACUCCCGGGACUACGUGCUGGCGCCGCCGCCCCUGCCCAUGGCGGACGACGCGCCGCCGGCCCGCGUCGGCGGGGCGCUGUACUGGAUGAGCGACCCGCGGCUGGGCCGGAGCCGCGAGCGGGCCGUCGUGUCGUUCGACGUGGCCACCAGGGCGUUCGACGUCGUGCCCUGCCCUCCGAUCAUCGCGGCGUGGAGCGGCACGAGCCCUUGCCGCGCGUCCGUGGCGGAGCUCGGGGGAGCGCUGCAUGCCGUCCUCGCGGACCCGGCGGCGAACAGCUUGGACGUGUGGAGGCUGGAGCGCGGCGUCGGCGGCUGGGGCAGGGCGUGCGUGAUACGGCUGGACGGAGCGCCGCCGGGGUACGACCUCGGGACGAACGACGUGGUGCCGCUGGCCGUGGACCCGGACGACGGGAGGGUCCUGCUGAGCGCCGGGAGGAGGAUCGGGCUGUAUGAUCCGGCCGAGCAGACGGUUCAGGACCUGCGCUCGCUGGAGGCGAUGGAGGAUGGAGCGGCGGCGCUGGUUCCGAUGGUGUACGAGGAGAGCUUGGCCUGCUAUCCUUGCCGCCUGGCCAGAGCAAGACGGCUGUCGCAGAGCUGAUACACACGUCGUCGUUAUUGUGUGAUCUUUCUUAGUGUUCUUUCUCGAUCACUAUUUAGCAAUUCCAGCAUCAUCAUUUAGCUCGGUUAUCUUUGUUAAUCAUUCUUUUAUCUUGCUCGAUCGAAUUUUAGCCAACUAUACA